AUGUCAUAUGGAGGUGGAUAUGGUGGUGGCCGUGGUGGCGGUAAUGGGUAUGGAAAUGGAGAUUCCUCAUAUGGCAGAGGCAACUCUUACUCCAAUGGAUAUUCAAAUGGUGGAUCUAAUGGAUACUCUGGAGGCGGUGGAGGUGGUUACGGAGGUGGUAGAGGCGGCAGUGGUGGUGGAAAUGUAAACGGCUACUCCGGAGGUGGUGGCGGCUACGGAGGGGGCGGUGGAUACGGUGGUGGUGGUGGUGCUGGUGGAGAUCGCAUGAACAACCUUGGUGCUAACCUUCAAAAACAAAACUGGGAUCUCAACACUCUGCCAAAGUUCGAGAAAUCUUUCUACAAAGAAGACCCAGUUGUCGCUGCUCGUUCAGAAGAAGAUGUUGCUAAAUUCAGAGCUCAACACAACAUUGCCGUUCAAGGUCCAAACAUUCCAAAACCUGUCGAGACCUUCGACGAGGCCGGAUUUCCUGCAUACGUCAUGACAGAAGUCAAGGCUCAAGGUUUCCCAGCACCUACUCCAAUUCAAUCUCAAGGUUGGCCUAUGGCUUUAUCUGGACGUGAUGUUGUCGGUAUUGCCGAAACCGGUUCCGGAAAGACUCUCACCUACUGUCUCCCAGCAAUUGUUCACAUCAACGCACAACCACUUCUCGCUCCUGGUGACGGUCCAAUUGUUCUGGUCCUUGCACCUACCCGUGAGUUGGCUGUCCAAAUUCAACAAGAAAUUACCAAAUUCGGAAAGUCUUCCCGCAUCCGCAACACCUGUGUUUACGGAGGUGUUCCUAAAGGUGGUCAAAUCCGUGAUCUCGCCAAGGGUGUUGAGGUCUGCAUUGCUACUCCAGGUCGUCUGAUUGAUAUGAUCGAGUCUGGAAAGACCAACCUCCGUCGUGUUACGUACCUUGUUCUCGAUGAGGCUGAUCGUAUGUUGGACAUGGGUUUUGAACCCCAAAUCCGUAAGAUUCUUGGACAGAUCAGACCAGACAGGCAAACUUGCAUGUGGUCUGCUACUUGGCCAAAGGAAGUUAGAGCCCUCGCCUCUGAUUACUUGAAUGAUUUCAUUCAGGUCAACAUUGGUUCAUUGGAGCUCUCCGCUAACCACAGAAUUACUCAAAUCGUCGAAGUUGUUUCUGAGUUCGAGAAACGCGAUAAGAUGACCAAGCAUUUGGAAAAAAUUAUGGAAGACAAGGAUAACAAGAUUCUGAUCUUCACAGGAACCAAACGUGUUGCUGACGAUAUCACACGCUUCCUCAGACAAGAUGGAUGGCCGGCGCUUUCCAUUCACGGUGAUAAACAACAAAAUGAGCGUGAUUGGGUAUUGAAUGAAUUUAAGACUGGCAAGAGCCCGAUCAUGGUUGCUACUGAUGUAGCUUCGCGUGGUAUUGAUGUCCGAAACAUUACUCAUGUGUUCAACUAUGACUACCCUAACAAUUCGGAGGAUUAUAUCCAUCGUAUUGGUCGUACAGGUCGUGCUGGACAAAAGGGAACUGCAAUCACUCUCUUCACCACUGAUAAUCAAAAGCAGGCCCGUGAUCUCGUGAACGUUCUUACUGAAGCUAAGCAGGUCAUUGAUCCUCGCCUUGCUGAGAUGACCAGAUUUGGAGGUGGUGGCGGUGGUAGAGGAUAUGGUGGACGUGGUUACGGCGGUGGCCGUGGACGUGGUGGCGGUGGCAAUUUCUCAUCUUCUAACGCUGCUCCUUUAGGUGGAGGCAGACGUUGGUAA